UAUUGGUAAAUGUCAUCUUUGCGUUAACGCCUCCGGCUUCCUGCCUUCACCUCUGUGUUGCAUUAAUGCUAUAUAAGCACAUCGUGAAUCUUUGACACAUCGCACUGGAAGAGAACUUACCCUAAUCUGAGGAAGAAGUGGUAUUUUGUCAAAGACAGGUCAACUGCGGUGCAACGUCAGAGUUAGAAUGCCAACAACCAACAGAAUCCUCUCUCAAGCCCGGAUGUCUGAUAAAGCAAAGAAAGCCAAAGCCCAGAACCCACCCACAGAGAACAUUCCCGUCUACGAGCCAGAUAUUCCAGAUCCCCGUAGCAGAGAUGAUCUCAUCAAACACUGGAUUGACUUAUGCUUGGACGACCGAACAGCCAAUAAGAUGCUGUGGAUUACAGAGGGAGGAGCUAAAGUAGCUCGUAUGACAGAUGACGUAACUUGUCCCGUCUUGGACCGACCAGAGAGAUUCGAGUAUGCUCCACAGGUCCUUUGCAAAGAAGGAAUCCAGGGCUUCAGAGGCUACUGGGAGGUGGAGUACUCUGGAUGGGUGGUGGUUGGAGUCGCAUAUGAGCAAGCAGGAAGGAGGAACUGUCAGGGACCCUGUGGAUUUGGAGAGAACGAGCAGUCCUGGGGUUUUGGCUGGAGCGGCUCCAGCUAUCACGCCUGGCAUGAAGGUCAAAAUGCUGAGAUCAAAGGGAUUCCUAAAAGCUCUGUAAUAGGUGUAUAUCUGGAUGAGCCUGCUGGUCUAAUGAGGUUCUAUGCUGUGGAGGAGAUAAAGGAUGAAGAGGAGGGUGUCUGCAGGAAAGAGGUUAAACUUGUGCACCAGUUCAAAAGCUCCUUUACACAGAAAAUGCUGCCAGGCUUCUGGGUGGGGACACAGUCUCACUGUUCCAUCUUAAAGAAGGAAGAAUGAAUGAAAACGUGGAAAACCAGAUCUAAUCCUACAUGCACAAUACAGUGGAGUUAAAAACAUAAAUACAUGCACAUACACUACUUAUAUGUUAUAGAUAAUUAUAUUCUCACUGUAUAUACAGCAUUUUAGAAAGUGUUUUUUGUACAUUUUGGCAUUAGGAGCAAAGUGCAAUCAGGUAAAGCAGGUAGAGCUAGUUUAGUUUUUACUGUUAUCAUAUUUGUGUAUUUAUUAGUUUUCACGUUUUGAAUGCUACUUUUUGAUUAUUUUUUUAAUAUUAAGCAAACUAAACUAUCGAAUAACAGAUUGAUUUGAAGAUUUUUCCAUCACCCUGUACUGUAAUUAUUGGCAAAAAAAGGCAAAAUAUGAUUUUUGUGAAAUAAACGAAAGUACAACGAA